GAUGUCCGCGCUUUAUUGACAAAAAUGUCCACUCGGAGAUGAGCGCAAAGUUACUCGCGCGGUGCGGUGCUCUCCCGAAAAAAAGAAAGAGAGAGAUUUUUAAAGAAAAUCUAGGCGUGAAGAUUUGGAAGACGGAAAAAAACAAAAAAAAAACAAGUCCCAAGCGGGGCAGCGUGUUGAUCUUGCAAUCCGGGAGGAAAGCGAAAGCUGAAAUGACCCUUCGACUUUUAAAGCUUUUGUGUUCCUGGGGAAGAAGCAAACGAAGUCAAGUUGGGAGGAGCUCACACCGACGGGUAGAUCAAUGUCUAGAACUAGAUAAGUUUCACGCCGACAAAGCUCUUCGCAUGGCUCGCAAGAUCCUCCGCGCUUCCUAGGAGAUAAGCUUCCCCAAGAGCUCGCUACAUCCACAAAGUUCUUGGCAUGGCUCGCAAGAUCCUCAGCACUUCCCCUCCACCGGAGGACUCGCGGAGCCCGCUCCACAUCUCCUCGUACAGCCUCCCAUCCGGCUCCCGGAUCCCCAAGGUGAUGAUCGCGGUGGUGGCGGGAUUCGUGCUCACCACCGCCAUCAUCUAUUACACUUGCAAGUGGGUCUUCCGCAAGAAGUGCCCCGACGCCACCGACGCCACCGCCGCCGCCUCCGGCGCCCCUCCGCCACAGCCGGACUCGCUCGAGGAGCUCCAGGCCCGGGUCACCAAGAGCCUGGCGCAGCGCCUGGGCAGCAAGAUCGCCACGGCCAUCCCGACGGUGAGCUACGCGGAGCUGGCGGAGUUCCGUGCCAGGGGCGAUCCCAGCGGUGGCGCCGCCGCCGCGGAGGCGGAGGCUUGCGCGGUCUGCCUCACGGACUUCUCCAAGAACCCGGCGGGGACCAAGAUCAAGAUCCUGCCCAAGUGCGCGCACGCAUUCCACUGUAGCUGCAUCGAUCUGUGGCUCAUGACCCACGCCUCGUGCCCGAUCUGCCGCGCCAGCUUGUUCGUAGCGCUGGCGGACCUAAAUGCCUGGGCCUCUCGCGGCGGCGCCUCCUCUUCCCCAACGCCGCCGCCGCCGCCUCCAAUCGAGCAUCGUCCUCCUCUUCCGCCCGAGCGCCGCCCCGAGGAUCAAGGAGGCGUGUGAUAGUGUCCGAGAAUCCCU